AUGGCGUCGGCGUCCAGCUUGGGCGUUUCUGGGCUCUCGGGCAACGUCGCGGUAUCCAGUGGCUCGUCUGCGUACGGUAACACGGGCACAGUGACGAUUGCCAGUGGCGUCGCGACUGGCACUGCGAUGGCGGGUGUUGUAACGAUCUCGGCCGGUGCGACAACGACGCUGGCAGGUGCAGCCGUCUCGGUGGUUGCAGGCCAGUCGGCGGCGGCGCAAGCGGCAACGUCGAGAUGA